AUGGCGAGAAGCUCAGGAUUAUGCGGAUACAGAGAACAGAGGAAGAGAAUUGGUGGAGUUCCACUCUUGAACUCCAAGAAGAGAAAAGAAACCUUGUUUAGAAAAUGUCAUGAGCUUACUGUGAAGAGCGACGCUCGCGUGAGUUUAGUGUGCAUUGGGCCUAAUGGAGAAAUUGAGACAUGGCCAAAUCAUGAGAUAGUGAAGGCCGUGCUCAGGAAGCACAGAGAAAAGCAAGCUGAUGAGAAGAUGAAGAAUGGCGGCAUUAAGAAGGACAAACACUCGCACGUGUCGGAAUCAGAGGAAAAGAAGAAACCAACGAACGAUUCGGCGGGGAAGCUUUCUGCAGAGUCACUGAUGACUCUACUGAGGGAAUUGGACUCGAAACUGGAAACUGUGGAUGAGAAAAUCAAGAUGCUGAGUACCCAAAAAGCCACUCAUUUCUGUGCUGGUGCGAAUAAUUCUGAGAGCUUCUUGGAGGUUUGUGAAUAUCGGGAUGAUCUGUCAACACACAAGAUAGAAUCAUACGGCCAACCUACGGUUUCUUCUGUACAACCAAAUCAGCCAACCCAAUUUACAGAAGAAUCGCUGGCUGUUACUGCUGAUACAGAUUGUUCAUUUAUGAGCAGUAUCGGCAACAAGAGUCUGUGGGUUCCGCAGAAUACUGAUAAUUUCGUGCCGAACCAUAUUUGGGAGCCAGAAAUAGAAUUGCUUUGUACUUGUAUGAAUGGGGCACAACCCUCGACGGGGAAUGGAAGAGAUGAUAUCGGAGCAUUGCGGAAUUACUAUACGGGAAGCGAUUGGAAUCACCUGCUUCAGUGGUGAGAGGAAUUUCAUCCAUAUAUCUUGGGUUUGGGAAGAUGAGGCUGAGAUGUAGCCUCAAUUUUCAGAGCCUUUCUGUAAUUGUUUAGGUGGGAUGAAAAUUUCAAGCUGUGCAAAGGAAAAGGCAUAGUCUUUUUGUUCAAGUUUUGGACAGUAACGUUAAUGGUUAAUACUCAACAUCUACUGUAUCGGUUAGAUAUUAU